AUGGCUCCCAACAAGCGUCAUUCUAACGUCAGCAGGGGCGCUCUGCGGGCCGCGCUCGUGCUGCUUUUCUGCGUUGGGAUGGCUCCUGCGGUUUUUGCUGCGGGGAAUUGCAAGGCCUGCUACAAGGAGUCGCCCUUGGACGCCAAGGUCUGCUCCGACACUGGCACCGUCAGUGUGCGCGGCACCUCGGGCUCUGGUGACGCCACGUGCGAGAAAGGCACGUGCACUCUGACCUGCAGCUCCCCCAAGAAAGAGUUCAUCUCUGAGUCGCCGGUAUCCACUGUGACGACAGUUGUCAAGUGCGUGUGCGCUGCGGCCCCAAACCCGGCCCCCGGGGGCAACGGGGACCCUCAUUUUGACGGACCUGAAGGUAUCAAGUAUGACUUCCACGGAGAACAGGAUAAGGACUUUUGCCUCAUCACCGACGCUCGGUUCCAAAUGAACAGUCACUUCAUUGGACAGGAAACGGAACACACGGGCUUCACCGGAACCUGGAUGGACUCCUUCUUCCUCAUCUAUAGUACCGAAGAUGGCCAGACCGAACACACCGUCCACGUGGCGGUCGCUGAUACGCCCGACGUGUCUCUCGCCAGCAACCUCACAAUCGCCUUCGAUUCCAAGCCCAUUCUUCUGCACGAGCCCAGAAUCGCGGGCUCCGGAGAUGACACGUGGCGCGCAUCGGACGGCUCCUGCGCUCUCGAGCAUCUGAUGACGUCAGCCGCGACGGACGGCGUGCGUGUCAACAUCUCGGGUGUCGUGGACAUGACAAUCCAGGUCGCGUCACACAACUACCCCGACGGCCUCCACCUCGACUUCUCCAUUAACGCCCUGCGCAUGACGUCAUCAGUGCACGGAGUCCUGGGCCAGAUGUUCAAGAGCGGCAAGCCUCAGCAGUUCCAGGCCGCAGGCCACGUGGGCGACAACGGCGAGGGCAUCGUCGAUGGUACGUACCGGGACUACCAGACGUCCGACCUGGCUUCACCGGACUGCAAGUUUUCCCAGUACGUCCGCACCUUCGAAACGCCCAGUACGGACCAACCGGGCUCUCGGAACGCGGCUUCGUCCCGCAAGCUGCUCAGCGCCGACGCGCAAACCCUGAGCGUCAGCGGCGGCUUCGCGUGCCGCCACGUGGCGGACGGCGGGCUGCUGUGCGCGGGGGUUUAG